AUGAGGCCGCUUCAACAACCGCCGGCCGCCGCAAAUCGGAACCGUCAGCGGCGGCGACCUGACCUGACUCUACCUUUACCUCAACGUGACCCAUCUCUUGCCGUGCCGCUUCCGCUUCCGCCCACCUCAGCCCCCGUCUCUAGCUCCGCCGCCGUUUCAUCCGCCCAGCUUUCACAGCCCCUCAACUUUUCCGAGCUGGAGCGUGUGAAUCGAAUAGGCAGUGGCGCCGGCGGCACUGUCUAUAAGGUUAUCCACCGUCCCACCGGUAAGCACUACGCCCUCAAGGUGAUCUAUGGCAACCACGAUGACUCCGUCCGCCGCCAGAUCUGCAGGGAAAUCGAGAUCCUCCGAGACGUAGACAACCUCAACGUCGUCAAGUGCCACGACAUGUAUGAUCACAAUGGAGAAAUCCAGGUCCUUCUUGAACACAUGGAUAAAGGGUCUCUUGAAGGCUUCCACGUGCCCGACGAAGCCUCUUUAUCCGAUCUCACUCGCCAGAUUCUCUCGGGAUUGUUUUACCUCCAUAAGAGAAAAAUCGUUCAUCGUGACAUUAAGCCUUCAAAUUUGCUCAUAAACUCAAGGCGUAUUGUGAAAAUAGCUGAUUUUGGCGUCUCAAGAAUUUUGGCUCAAACGAUGGAUCCCUGCAAUUCAUCCGUGGGCACUAUUGCUUACAUGAGCCCAGAAAGAAUCAACACAGAUCUGAAUAAGGGUCAGUACGACGGGUAUGCCGGUGAUAUAUGGAGUUUAGGCGUGAGCAUUCUCGAAUUCUACUUGGGCAAAUUCCCGUUUGGAAGACAGGGCGAUUGGGCGAGCCUUAUGUGCGCCAUUUGUAUGUCGCAGCCGCCGGAGGCGCCGCCAACUGCGUCAAGGGAGUUUAAAGAUUUCAUUGCUUGCUGCCUACAGAGGGACCCUGCAAGGAGGUGGACCGCCUGGAAGCUGCUGCAUCACCCUUUUAUCCUGCAGUAUGCUUCUCCAGGCAGUAAUGGCGGAAGCGGAAGCAAUCAGGUGCAUCAGUCUCGUCAGCUACUUCCUCCACCAUCCCAUUUUCCAUCUUCCUGA